AUGGGUCUUCGAAAGCAAUUUAGUGAUUUGGUGGCCACCGAAAGGUAUCACUGUCACCACAACAAUAUCAAAGGAAAUACAGCCCAACGAUACAUGGAGUCUAACUCCAUACAAACAGUUGAUUGGCCCAUUGAUUCUUUUCAAGAAGCUCGGAAAAUCGAGAAGAAAUUAGCAGAUAUCUCAUCGGAUGCUGAUACUGAUGCUAUGCGUGCUGCAUUUAAUGAACCAUCCAAACGGCCGAAAAAAGCUAAAAAACUUUCUUCCGAUGAGUCUGACACCUCUGAUGCCAGUUCCUGUAAUACGCCACCAAUUUCCCAACAACGUAAAGAAAAUACACCAAAAACAAUUUCCACGAUAUCCCUACCAAAAUGUUCUUACAUUAAAUCAAAGCAACAAUGCGAAGGUAUAGUUUAACCAAGACAUCACAAUCGCAAAUGGAUAAGCGUGCUACAUUCUCAUCCAACUACGA